AUGGUUGAACAAGAGAAAGAGAGCGGUCGAGUUAGAGCCGAAUUAUACGAGAUCAAGGGGGGCAUGUCCCAUAUGAGAGAAAUGCUACAAGCUUUGACUUUCAGAUUUCAAGCUCCACAAGCGACCGUGAUUUCAAAGAUCACGGGCCCAACAGUCAGAGUCCAACUUCAGAGGUCUUUACCUUCAACCCUACCUCCAUAUGGGUUACCUUACGACUUCAUCCCUCGAGCAGAAGAAGUGCAUGACAUUGGGCAAUCUGUCCAACAAGUUGUGCCAUUUCCGGUUUACACCGAUGCAUGCCCAGUCGUCCACAUUGUUGCUCCACCAGCUGUUUAUGCUAGGCCUGUUCCACAUUUUGAAGAUCAACAUCAGCUAUAUCAGAUAGCCGAGUCAACUGUUAGUGGUGAUGAAGUGAGAUUUGAAGAUUUUAGAGAAGUGAAGAAGAACAUGCAACUCCUCGAGAAGAAGUUCCGAGCAUUGGAAGGAGACCACGUCUUUGGUUCUACUGCCAAAGAAAUGUGCCUUGUAUCUGGGUUGGUGAUUCCGACUAAGUUUAAAACUCCGGACUUUGACAAAUACAAGAGGCAUACUUUCCCAAAAAGCCACCUCAUCAUGUAUUAUCGUAAAAUGGUUGCUCACAUGGAAGAUGACAAGCUGAUGAUCCACUGUUUCCAAGAUAGCUUGAGUGGGGCUCCUUCCAAAUGGUAUUUGAGUCUGGAUCAAAGUAGGAUCAGAUGCUUCCAAGACCUAUCAGACGCCUUCAUCAAACACUACAAAUACAACAUGGACAUGGCGCCUGAUAGAAGACAACUACAAAGCAUGUUCCAGCGUGACAAAGAGUCAUUCAAGGAAUAUGCUCAAAGAUGGAGGGAACUGGCUUCUCAAGUUGAACCACCUCUUGCCGAAAAGGAAACUUCUGAACUAUUCAUUGACACUGUCCAACCCCAAUUUUAUGAGAAGAUGGUUGGAAGUGCUUCCUUGGUUUUCUCCGAGCUUGUUGCUAUAGGAGCUCGUGUUGAAUACGGUUUGAGAAAUGGUAAACUUGUAGUUGUUGCUGGAACUUCAAGUGCUAGUCCAAAGAAGUUCUCUGAAGGAUUUCCUAAAAAGAAAGAAGGUGAAACUAAUGUUGUGUCUAUUGGACAAGGAAGAGCCCCUCCAAAAAGAAGACAACAACAAUAUUCACAACAGCAGUAUGUUCAACAACAUUUUCCAUAUCAGCAGCAUAUAUAUCCCAUUCAGUACGCCCCACAACCGUAUGUGGCUGCUGUGGCGCUCCCCUUUAAUCAACAGCCUGCUCAGGCUUAUCAACCACCUCCAAUUUAUCGACCAGCUCUAGUUCAACAACGUGCUCCUGCUCCCUUGGUUUAUCCGCAAGCACCAGCAGCUCCUGCCUAUCAACAACCGAGAGCUCAGGCUCCAAGACAAAAUGCUCAGUAUCAAAAUAGGAGACAGUGGGAUAGGGAAACCUUCAAUCCAAUUCCAAUGUCAUAUACUGAGCUUUAUCCCUCACUAUUACAAAAAGGUUUGGUGGUUCCUAGACUUAUGGGACCUCCACCUGAUCGUUUGCCUCCAUGGUACAACCCUAAUGCACAUUGUCCUUUUCAUGAGGGUGCCCCUGGGCAUGACCUAGAGGGUUUCUAUGCUUUGAAGCAUAGGGUUCAUGAGCUGAUUGAUAGCAAGAUUCUAUCUUUUAGGGAUAUGGGACCAAACAUGAAGAAUAAUCCUCUCCCCUCCCCCCAUGGAGACCCUACAGUGAACGCGAUUGAAGAUGCCUCUGAUGGUGUUAUGGUUGAGAAGGUUGAUGAUGUUAAGACUCCUUUGACACCAUUCCACGCCCGAUUGGUGGAAGCUGGCCUGGUUGAUGUUUGUGAUGACAACUGUGAAGAGUGUGCCACACACUCAAGGGGGUGUCAGAUGGUACGAGAUAAUAUUCAAGACUUGAUGAACAAAGGAGUGCUUCAAAUCUCCAGUGUUGCAAAGAAUGAAGAUAUGUCAGUAAUUGAACCUUGUUUCAAUUUACUUGAACCGGUUGAAUUCCCUUACUAUAGUAGUAGAGUGGUGCAUGCGAAUAAUCAUUUGUCACCUGUUGAGAUUUGUAUGCCUACGCCAUUUCCAUAUAAAAGCACCAAGGUUGUGCCUUGGAAAUAUGAGAUUACCGUUGUGGACAAGAUCGUUGAAGGAAGUGAAGACGGUGAAGCGCUAGCCAGGGAAUCUACAGUUAUAGCUCAUACUAAAGAACCUGAAGUGGUCCAAUCUGAAGAUGUUGUUGAAUUCCUAAAGUUAAUAAAGAGAAGUGGUUACAAAGUUGUGGAUCAGUUGUAUCAGACACCAUCUAAGAUUUCUAUUUUGUCUCUGUUAUUGAACUCCCAAGCCCAUAGGGAGGGUUUGUGGAAGGUGCUUUCUCAAGCUCAUGUAACACAAAGCAUAACAGUAGACCAGUUUGAUAGGGUGGUUGCAAACAUCACAACUUGCAAUACUUUAAGCUUUAGUGGAGAGGAGUUACCUAAAGAUGGACAAAAUUACAAUCGUGCUCUCCAUGUGUCAGUGAAGUGCAAAGAUGAUGCUUUGGCAAGAGUUUUGGUUGAUACUGGACUUUCUUUGAAUGUGAUGCCAAAGAGAACACUUGUCGAGUUGUCUUAUCAAGGACCAGCCAUGAAGCCCAAUGCCUUGAUAGUGAAAGCUUUUGAUGGUUCCUGGAGAACCGUGAUUAGAGAGGGGCAGUUACCUCCACUUUACAUUAGAAAAUGA